AGUUUCGUUCAUCCAAAAAUGCGACGAAUAACUGCUUUGAUUGUGCUUGCAUUUUAUGCAAAUGCAUUUGAAAGUUUAAAUGAACAACGGCCCAAAAAUUAUUGGAAUGAUUUAAUUCCAAUUGGAAAAGAAAUCGAUUAUAACUACGAAGCUACUUUAAACGCUGGAAUAUCCCUCCCCGAUGAUUAUUCUUCAAUGUUCCAUUUAAGAGGUGUUCUUCACGUCCAAAUAAGCGAUGAGAAUGAACUCCUCUUAAAAUUAACCAAUUUAAAUUACACCAUGGAUAAUGGAAAAGUAUCCGAAUUUCCGGAAAAAGUUCCUAUGCAACUCGGCGAUCACAUGUCACUUUUAUCAUCUCAUUUCAAACUCGUUAUGGAUGAAUAUGGCGAUUUUCAAGAGAUUAUUUUUGAAGAAACCACCCCGGAAUUUAUUCGAAAUAUUCAAAAAGGAUUAGCUCAAAUGUUCAUCAUUCGUUGGCACGGAAUGUCCAUGAAAUCCACUAAAUUCCAAACAAUCAGAGAAGCUAACACUAUUUGGAAUUACAUUCCAAACGAUAACAUGCUAAAAAUUGAAAUGUUAGGAACACUGUAUGGUUCCCAUGACGAAUCUCUCCAUAACGUGGAUUCGUUCACAUGUGAUGAAUCAUUCGAAGAACCUUUAUCGCGAGACUUACAAAGAGUUUAUACACUGAAUAAAUCAAAAAAUUUAAUGGAAAAAAUUGUGCAAACCGGCGGAGUUUAUUAUCAUCCAUUUAAAGGCGUACCUCCACCAUACAGCAUUUAUGUAACCCAAACGUUAGAAAUGAUUCAUAUGCAUGAUAUCGAAACACCAUGGACAUUUAAAAAAGAAGAUAAAGUUGAUUCAUUAAGUAUGAAUUUCAACGACCCUAAUUUACCAGUAAAUAAUAUUACGAACAAAGAAACAUUAAUACCAAUCGCAGUAAAUCUUAUUCAAGAAGUAAUCCAAUUUAUUGAAACUCGUAAAAUUGAUUUGUCAAUGCCCGAUUUCGAAAAACAUCAUAUUCCGAGCCGAUUAAGAAUUAUUUUACAACAUUUCGAUAUGAAUAUGUUGGAAAAUCUUUUAAAAUUAUUAAUCGAGAAAGGUCAAAAAGAAACCGAUGUGUUUUAUCAAGUGAUAGCACAAGUUGGAACACACGAUUCGAUAAAAUUAUUAAUUUCAUUAAUUAAAACGAAAAAAUUAAAUGAAUUCCAAGCGAUUAGAGCACUUCAAAAAAUGCCUUUUUAUACCGUCAUAAAUGAAGAGAUCUUUAAUGAUUUGCACGUUUUGUUGGAUCUUGGUGUUUCUUGGGAAAUUCAAAAUGUGGCUAAUUUAUGUUACGGUUCGUUCAUGCAUAGAGCUCAAAAAUCACAUUACAUUUCGUCUACAACAGAAAAGAAAGUUAUUAAAACUAUCAUUAAAAAGUUAAAAGCAACGAAUAUAAUAGAGGAAAAAUAUUCUUACUUUAAUACUUUACACAAUUUAGGUUCAUGGAUGACUCAUGAUUAUCUUCUUCAAUUUUUAAAUGAUAAAGAAUUAAGAAUGAAAGCUUUAACAACACUACAUAGAACCAUAGCUGAUCGUUACGAUGGAUCCGCGCUGCAAAUCUUAAUGGAUAGAUCUUUACCAACAGAUUACCGAAUAAUGGCUUUUUACACAUUUAUGCAAUCUCAACCACGUUUAUCGGAAUUAAUUAAUAUUUAUUGGAUGAUGCUAACGGAAACUGAUAUUGAUUUAUAUCAAUUUUAUUAUACUUACAUGCAAUCUAUGGCAAAUAUAAAAAAUCCGUGUAGAAAAGCGAUGAAAUUGAAAGCGAUACAAUUAAUGAAAUAUAUGCAUUCACCUUACAGACAUUCUUUAACAGGAUAUAAAUUAGUCGAGCAAUAUAAACCUGAAAUAAACCGAGGGGAAUAUUUAGAUUGGUUUAUUAUCGAUUCAAAUGAUUCUUUAUUGUUACAUCUUGGAUAUGGGAAAACUAUUAUGAAUAUGCACAUGAGACCGAUUAGCUUUUAUAUGAGACUUAGCGGGUUACAAGGAAAACUUUUAAACGAUUUAAAAUUAAACAUACAGAAAGGAAUGAAAUUGUUUAAUUACAACGAGGUUUUAAAAAAUAUUAUGAAGAUUUUGGACAAUGAACAUGUUCUCCUCGACAUCGGGUAUGCCGAAAAUGGUCAAAUCUUAUUAUCCGAUACCUUACAUAAAUCCAAUUAUCUUGAUAAACUAAAAUUUUACAUGAAAUAUUCGAAGUUUGAAGACGAAACUGCUAUUGAUAUAAAUUUCGAUUUCGUUUACCGCCUUAACGUGCAAAAUAACAUAGGAUUCCAUAUUUCCCAAAAUAUACAAAGGGUUAUAUUGGAACGAAGACUAUUCGACAUGCAUUUUGAUUACAAAGAUAACAUUAUAACUUUGAAUUUUAACGGAAAAUUGGAUUGGUCCGAAUAUUAUGAUAACGGGUUAUACACUCAUAAUCCAAUUUCGCAAACAUGGCAAGGUGUUGGAAAAACAACAAUUUAUGAUAACGUUAUUCCGAUUACUCUCGAUAUCAACUUGAAUUUACAACAAGAUUUACUUAAAAUAUCUUGGAGAGGACAAAAGAACGAAGAAGAUAACGUUAUCGCAGCCAGAAGUUACGUUGCUCAUCACGUAUUAAAUUAUAAUCACCUUAAUUCGAACACAUUAAAGAAAUUUAAUCCAAACGCUUUAGGACAUGUCAUAUUACCAACAAAUCUCGAUGUUAGAAAUACUCAUACCAUAAUCGAAAGCGACGAUCAAAACACCGGUUUUAAAUCGAGCGUAACAAUAUUCGAUACUGAAGACUCAAAAUCAGUUGAUGAAAUAUCUCCGUUAAAAACAGAAGGAUUAGAUGUUUGUUCGCAUUUAGAACUUAUGCUAAAACACCUUCAAUUCGACGAUAAUUUAGUCAGCAACAUGUUGAAAUACUCAACAAUGGAUAAUGAAUUAGAAAUGAUGUAUAAACAUGGAAGAAGAGGUGUUUUAAUGUUAAUGCAACCAAGUAAAAUUAAUCCCAUUACAAAUAUGGAAGUCACACUUCGUUUAGACCACCAAAUCACCAAAGAAACGCAUUCAUUAAUUUUACCCGAAAUGAAUAUAAUAGUAAAAGGAAGUUUCUCGUUAAAAAAUAAAGAAGAAUUGAUGAAGCGUUGGGAUGCCAGUAUUAAUUGGGAAUUAAAUAGCGGACAUACUGUAAAUAGCGUUAAAGCACAAUUAACGAGAAUUAAACCAGGAGAAACUGAUUAUAAAAUUUGUCUCGAAGGAAUAGAAGUUUAUAAGGGGAUAAAUGCAAAUUUGGAAUUUACUGGAAACUUAGAUAUUAAAAUGGGGGAAACUACCGAUGGAACUUGUAAAGAUGAUGGAGGAAAAAUCGAUAUUAUCAUGAAAGGUGAACGCCUUCCUGAACAAUUAAAAGGAAAUUUCAAUUUUCCAUCAUGUCAUCGACAAGUUUUCUUAGAAAUUCCUUCCAGAAUGCCUUCUUAUUCGUGUUUAGCCGAUAAAUUAACGAUUAGAAAAUACGAAUUUGAAAUUAAAUCUAAAAACGUCCCCGAUAGAUUACAAAGGUUUAGUCAAAGAAUGUUGGAAUUCUUAAAAGUUAAUUAUUACGAUCAUUACUCGAUCGAUAAAUCAAACGAACCAACUAAUGAAAAUAUAAAGAUCGUGAUGACUUAUCCAGUUCCGAAUGAUGUACUCGAUAUGGAAAUGGUUAAAGGAGAUCAUCGUUAUAAAUUAACAGCGCUUCCUGCUGUUAAUUUUAGACGAUACGGAUUUUUCAUUCCCGAUAAUCUUCUUUAUAGCAACAUCCAAAAAAUGAUGCACGUUACCGGAAUGACACAUAUUUGUUCUGCUAAUCAUUUAGAUGUUAUAAACGUUAAUAACACACUUAUGUCCAACGUUAUUAUGGAUGAUUGGGUUGUGGCUAUUCAAGAUGUCAUUGUUAAACCGUUAGAAUCUGAAUUCAAGAUUUUAUUGAAAAAACUUGACAAUAAAUUGGCUUUAAAAAUCGUACUAAGAGAUAUUACUUUAACAGUGUUACCAGUGGGAAAUAAAUAUGAAAUAAAGAUCUCAAAUAAUGCACAAAUUGGAGGUGUAACUCAAGUACCAAGCGAUCUUCUUGUUUUCAACAACGAUUUGGUAACUUUAUUAAAUAAAGAUAAUAUGCUUACCAUUUUCAUAAAGGAACGAGGCACUCACUUGGUGUAUAAUGUAAAUGAGGUGAUGAUGGAAGUUCCAAGGUUGAAUAAAUUUAUGGAAGGAAUUUGUUUGUAAAUCAUUGUUUGUUGAUUGUUUAAAUCUGGUAAAUGUUUAAAUAAAAAGGUGCAUCAUAA